AUGGCAUUGAAAUCUGGACUGGCAGAAGUAUUUGGAACAGAAAUUGUCAAAGGAAAAGUGUACAGUUUUGGUGGUGGUUCCAAGAUCGCUGUUUUCACAUGGCAAGGUUGUCUUUUAGAACUGAGAGGGAAAACAGAAGCGGCUUAUGUGGCAAGAGAAACUCCAAUGAUUAUUUAUCUCAAUACACAUGCUGGAUUAGAACAGUUAAGGAAGAAAGCUGAUGCUGACAAGACUAAAAGAGGCCCUAUAGCCAUAAUCAUUGGUCCAACAGAUGUUGGAAAAUCAACAGUUGGCAAGUUGCUUUUGAACUAUGCAGUGAGAAUGGGUAGAAGGCCUAUAUAUGUUGAUUUAGAUGUUGACCAGGGACAACUUUCCAUUCCAUGCACUAUUGGUGCAAUGGCAAUUGAACGUCCUGCUGAUGUUGAAGAAGGAUUUUCCCAAGUAUGCCCACUAAUAUACCACUAUGUACAAAGAACUGGGAGUAAUGUAAUGCUGUACAAUUUACUUGUCACCAAAUUAGCCCAAACAGUUGCAGAGAGAAUGGAAGCAAAUCGACAGAAUGCUGUUAGUGGAGUAAUAAUCAACACCUGUGGCUGGGUAAAGGGCCAAGGGUAUCAAAUGCUUAUUCACGCAGCCAGAGCGUUUGAAGUUGAUCUAAUAAUCGUCCUUGACCAAGAGCGACUUUACAACGAACUAGUGCGUGAUUUACCUGAAACCGUGAAAGUUAUAUUUCAACCCAAAAGUGGCGGAGUUGUGGAACGGAGUCGGCAGGCAAGAGUAGAAUCUCGAGAUCAGAAAAUUCGCGAAUAUUUCUACGGAUUAGCAGCCCAGUUUUAUCCACACUCAUUUGAAGUGAGAUUUUCAGAUGUUAAAAUAUUUAAAAUUGGUGCGCCGGCCUUACCAGAUUCAUUAAUGCCUCUCGGAAUGAAAGCAGAAGAUCAACUUACGAAAUUAGUCACUGUUCAGCCAAGCCAGCAAUUAUUGCAUCAUUUGAUUUCAAUUAGUAUGGCUGAAUCCGGGGAAGAUGAUAUUAUUCAGACCAACGUUACUGGGUUUAUUUGUGUGAAUAACGUGGAUUUAGAACGGCAAAUGCUUACGGUGUUGUCACCUCAGCCUCGACCACUACCUCGAACCCGAUUGCUUUUAUCCGGCAUUCAGUAUAUGGACUCCCACUAA